AUGGCUGCAAUGAGGGCUCGGAACAAGAUUCGAGCCCCUCGAAGGGGCUUCUCGUCUGUCAAAGUCGAUGACUUUGAAUCCACCUGGAAUGUGCUCUCGUCCUCGUUAAUUGAAAUCAACACGAAAAAUGCCUCCUCACUCUCCUUCGAAGAACUCUACCGGAAUGCAUACAAGAUUGUGUUGAUGAUGCGGGGUGAUGAGCUCUACGAGCGAGUCAAGCAACUGGAGCAGGGUUGGCUGCAGGACCAUGUCCGGAAGCGCAUUACGGGGUCAAUUUCAUCGAGCCUUGUGCGGACACAGGUGCCAGCCGAUGCGCAAGAUCAGUCGAACGAGAGGCGAGCGGCGGGGGAGAAGUUCUUGGCCUCGUUUAAGGAGGCAUGGGAGGACCAUCAGCUGUGCAUGGGCAUGAUUACGGAUGUCCUGAUGUAUAUGGACCGCAUCAUUUCCGCAGACCGCACCAAGCCCUCGAUAUACGUCGUGUCCAUGGCGCUCUUUCGAGAUUAUGUCCUCCGGUCCUCCGCGCGUGCAGAUCCGCCGACCACCGUGGCAGACGUUCUUGAGUCAACUGUUUUAUUUAUGAUUCAACUGGAACGCGCUGGUCACAUUAUUGAACGGCCACUGAUUCGGCAUUGUAUUCAGAUGCUGGAGGGGCUAUAUGAAACUAUUACGGAAGAAGAAAGCUCGAAGCUCUACCUGACUGUGUUUGAACCAGCGUUCCUGAAAACAAGCAAAGAGUUCUAUCAGGCCGAGGGACGGCGGCUGCUGGAGACAGGAGACGCGGCGGCAUUCUGUCGGGUUUCAUCCCAGCGGAUUGCCGAAGAGAAAGAACGCUGCCGGUACACGCUGUCCAUUAUGACGGAGUCGAAAAUUCUUGAUUUGCUCGACGAGGAGCUGAUCCGCAAGAAUAUUGAAGAGGUCGUCAAGCUCGAAGGAACAGGGGUCCGGCACAUGUUGGAUCAUAAUAAUCUUGACGGAUUGCGGAGUGUAUACACCCUCAAUGCGAGGGUGGACAAGAAGAAGGAUGCUCUUAUCCGGGUGGUUAACAAACGAAUUGUCGAGCUGGGCACAGAGAUCAAUGCCUCGUCCAUCGCACCGCCAGCAGAGAAAGAUGCAGAGGGUGAAAAGAAGCCGGAGAAGGGCAAGGAGAAGGAAAGGCCCGUGAACCAGCAAACGGUGUCAGCGAUUCGGUGGGUGGACGCCAUUCUGGCUCUCAAGCGGCAGUUCGACAAUGUCUGGGAGAAAGCAUUCUUGUCCGAUCAGACUCUGCAGGGUUCGAUUAUGGGCAGCUUUUCCGAGUUUAUCAACUUGAAUAUGCGCAGCUCCGAGUAUCUCUCCCUCUUCUUCGACGAGAACCUGAAGAAGGGCAUCAAGGGCAAGACCGAGAGUGAGGUCGAUGUUCUGUUGGAUAACGGUAUCACGCUCCUCCGGUAUAUCAAGGACAAGGACCUCUUCGAGACUUACUAUAAGAAACAUCUUUCGCGCCGACUCCUGAUGAAGCGCUCUGCCAGUAUGGAUGCAGAGCGCCAGAUGAUCUCCAAGAUGAAGAUGGAGGUCGGCAACCAAUUCACCCAGCGCAUCGAGGCCAUGUUCAAGGACAUGACCGUCUCGGAGGAUCUCACUGCGGGUUACAAGGAGCACAUUAAACGCAGCGGCGAUCCGGAUUCGAAGCGAGUGGACCUGGAGAUCAAUGUCCUUACUAGCACAAUGUGGCCGAUGGAGAUGAUGGCUAACACGAAAGACGGCACGGUACAAUUGCCGUGCAUCUUCCCACGCGAAAUCGACUCUCUCAAACAGAGCUUUGAGAAAUUCUAUCUGGACAAACACAGCGGUCGGAAACUGUCCUGGCAGGCCAGCAUGGGCACCGCCGACAUCCGCGCGACCUUCCAGCGCUCUUCCGGCAAAGUACAACGAUACGAACUUAACGUGUCGACUUAUGCCCUUGUGAUCUUGCUCCUGUUCAACGAUGUGCCCGACGGCGAGUCUCUCACCUACGAUGACAUCCAAGCCCGCACCCGGAUUCCUGACCACGAUCUCAUCCGCAACCUCCAAUCGCUCGCCGUCGCUCCCAAGACGCGGGUAUUAAAGAAGGACCCCAUGAGCAAGGAUGUCAAGCCGACGGACCGCUUCUUUUUCAAUCAUGAUUUCCAGAGCCCAUUCAUGAAGGUGCGCAUUGGCGUAGUCAGCGGCGGUGCAAACAAGGUCGAGAACCAGGAUCAACGCAAGGAGACCGAGAAGAAGAUGAACGAAGAGCGCGGCGGCAGCAUCGAGGCUGCUAUUGUGCGGAUCAUGAAGCAACGCAAGAAGCUUGUCCACUCGCAACUCAUGACAGAAGUGCUCGCGCAAUUGUCUGUCCGCUUCGUACCCGAUGUCAACAUGAUCAAGCGUCGCAUCGAGAGCCUGAUCGACCGCGAGUACCUCGAGCGUGUAUCGGAAGAACCGCCAACCUACGGAUACGUGGCGUAG